AUGGAAAAGCCAUUCGUACCCUCUCCAGGCAAACCAGUCAUCGCGGUGGCAGGCGCAACAGGGGGCCUGGGCACGCGCCUGACAGACACUUUCCUCUCGCCAGGACUGCGAGACAGACUCUCAGGAGUCGUGGCGCUUGCUCGUGGACACACCCCAAGCACAGAGAGAUGGACGAAGCUGGACGCGGAGAUCCGGAUAAUCGACGACGAGUGCGACGAGAAUGACUUGAUCAUGGCACUAGACGGCGUUGAUGUCCUCGUCAACGCGAUUUCAACGGUGGGAGCCUCUGUCCGGGAUCAACUUGCGCGCGCGCUGCCAAAAACGUCGGUCAAGCUGUAUUUUCCGUCCGAGUUUGGUGUCGACCAUACGCUGCAUGGCUUUGAUAUCCCCGAGUGGGAUGGGAAGAAGCGCCAUUACGAGCUGGCCAAGAAGGUACAGGUACAGCAAGAGGCAGACUUUCAGAUGUGUAGACUGUUUGUCGGGCUCUUCUUGCAUAGUGGGAUCGGUCCGUGGUACGGGUUCCAUACCUCGAAGGGCGUAUACCAGGCUAUUGGCAGUUUGGAUCAGAGCAGCAGCUAUACGGACAUAGGCGAUAUUGCUCGCGUGGUUUGUGGGCUCGCUGAGCGGGCUGUUCGAGGGGAGAAAGUGCCUGAAGCGUUGCGUAUUGCUGGAUCACACGCCAGUUGCCGCCAAAUAGCCCGAGAAAUGUCUGCGGCUGGGUCCGGGGACAUUGACUUGAAGACUGUUGAGCUAGACACGUAUCGAGACAAGGCCCUCAGUCGCAAGUACGAGGAUCGCGGUGCUAUCGUAUACCUGAGAUUCCUCAUGGGUGACGGCAGGGUUGAUUACAGGCCGAAGGAUGAAGGUGGACUGGGCAAUGAUAAUGAGGUGGUCAAUCCCUGGGAGCAGCAGUUCGUGUGGAAGACCGUACGAGACUUGGCCCAUCAGAGUGGCGGAAGGCCGAAUAGCGACGUAUAG